AUGCCGGAUCAUUCGCUAGUGCGUCUGAGAUCCUGGCUACUGGAGGAAGUUGAAUCUCUCUUGACAACCCAAACUGAAGUUACGUUGGCGUGGUCAGCUGAUCUGCUUACUGCGCUGUGGUCUGAAGUAGCGUUGUCGCAACUGAUUCUUGAAGCAGAGCUGAUUCUUCCAAGUGCCAGCUUUCGACGAUUUCUCUCAUUUGCCAUCCAGAACUACCCGGAAGAAUCACUUGAAGGGCUUCAUGCAGCGUUUCAUACAGCGAAUGAGCCAAACUGGCCUAUCUACGUGGCGAUCACGCCGCCCAAGAUCCCAGCAACUGCUCCUGCAGGCGUGGAGAGACUGCAGUGCAUCCACUGGAAUUGCUCUGGGCUUUCGGAGGAGCUUCAGAUUGAAUGGUUUGCGUGGCUUCGGCUACAACCACAAGUCAAGCUGUUCGUUCUGGUGGAAACACACUGGAGCUUCACAAGUGAAUACCGUUCGCACGGCUGGCACUUGAUCCACAGCGCUAAAGAAGGUGGCAAAGGGGGUGGCAUCAUGAUCGGCACUCGCGAGGACAUGACCAAAGCCGAGGACAUCAAAUGGCGAGUCAUGAUACCUGGUCGGCUUGUGCAUCUUCGCAGCGUCGUGGGGAAACAACAAAUGGACGUCAUCGGAAUCUACCAGACCGCAGUUUCGCAUGUCUCUGGAGAAAAGCAACAGGAGCUUGCCCGACAACGCAACAAACUAUGGCACACCAUGGACAAUUUACUUGCAGGGCUGCCUUUUCGCUCUUCUGUUGUGGUCUUGGGAGACUUCAAUGCCACCCUCAGUCCACUUUCAGAGGUGGCAGGGUCGGGCAUUGUGCCUGGACCGCGAGCGCCCUGGCUGGUUCAGGAACGCUCUGAUAUCAUGCAGAUUCUUAGGAGGCAUCGUCUUGUUGUUCUUAACACCUGGCUGCGCCCCACGCACACUUUCCAUCACCCAAAUGGUAAGUCCCAAAUUGACUAUAUCUUGAUACGCAAGCAGCUCGCCGAUCAGCAAGCUCGUCGUUGCACGGUCAUUGCCCCUCCUAUAGCGGCUUGGAGAUCUUCAGGCCACAAGCCUCUCUUGGCCAGUUUUCGGCUAAACUGGAAGCCCUGGAAAGCUAGCAUCUCGAACCCCAAAACUACGUUGGUUGCGGUGCCUCAUAUCCAUAACAUCCUGGCAGCUACAGUACCUUCGCUUGAACACCUUCGCAGUGCCGUCAAACAACAGCUUGAAGUGCCAACUGUGAAGCCACGGUAUCCGGCUUUAUCUGAUGUGGAUCCACAGAUACAUACAAUCUGGCAGGAACAGCAACGGAGACAAGCCGCCGUCAAUCCACAAGCAGCUGAUGCUCAGGAACAGAUGGAAGCCUCCGCCAAACAGGCGCGCCAGGAGCUUCGCAAGCUAGCUAGACAACGGAAGCGACAACGAAUGCUGGACACGCUUGAGGAGGCACAGCUGGCCUUUCAGGCGGGGGACAUACGAUUACACUUUCAAAUGAUUCGGAAGCUGGCCCCUAAAACUUAUCGUCGAAAACUCAGCCUAAAAUCUGCAAGUGGGGAUCUUCUCUCAAACGCAGAAGAAUGUGAGCUGCUGGCCUCAUAUGCUACCGACUUGUUCGAUGAUUCGGAGUUUGUGCUUCCUCCGCUGCUGCCUGUAUCUUCAGACAUGUUCUCCACUGAACAGUGGCAGCGAGCCUUUGAACAGCAGAAGCCGCACAAGGCAGUACCGAUGGGGGAUGCAUCCAUUCAAGCUUGGCGGACCAGUUCGGAGGUGCUCGCUGAGGGGUUGUCUCGGAUUGCUCAGGCGACAUUGUGUAGUGCCCAGCCGGAGCUUCCGCAGGAGUGGGCAGAGGUGCAGCUGGCAUGGCUGCCAAAGCCAGGACGUGCGCCAACAAGUCCAGGCUCCUUGCGCACGAUUGGGCUAAUGGGGGCGGAUGUCAAAUCUUUCCUCACGAUUAUCAAGCAUCAUGUCAAUCCUGUGGUGCAAACUGCUCUACGGCACGUGCCUCAAUAUGCCUACAGGCAACUUGCAUCAACGGGCGAUGCACUGCUACGAGCAACUUUGCAUUGCACCCAAGUUCGACAGACGCUGGCAGGUUAUCAGGACGACCAUACAUCACGCGUUCUCGGUGCUCCUGAGCGGGAACUUCUUGGAGGCCUUAUGGUAAGCAUUGAUUUGUCGAAGGCUUUUGAUAAGCUUCGGUAUGAAGAAAUGUACUUAUCCCUACAGGAAGCCCAGGUUCCGGAGCUGGGCAUGACAGUGAACUUCGCAAAAUCCAUUGCGGUGUUAGCGCUGAAGGGUGCAAAGGUUAGGCAAAUGCUGGCUAAACAUACCAAAUGGUGGAAUGGUGCCAGGUGCCUGGUUUUGCGUGAGAAUGAGCAUGACAUCUACAUUCCGAUCCAGGACUCGAUGCCGUACUUAGGGGCGGUACUCAGCUACCAUAGCUUCGAACUGCAAACAGCCCAACACCGCAUUCAACAGGCGAACUCGAACUUUGCUCAACUUCGGGACGUUCUUCGUACCAAUGGUGCGCUCAGCCGGGCUCGCAAGCUUGAUGUUUACAGGAUGUGCGUGUGGACCUCGCUGACCUACGGCAUUGCCUCGGUAGGUGCUACAUCAGCUUCAUGCCGCUCCUUGCAGUCGACUGCUGCUAUGCACUUACGUAAGCUUCUGAGGAUCUACAAGAAAGGGUACUCCAACGAAGCAGUACUCAGGCAGGCCGACCUUGCGCUGAUUCCCCACCUUUGCCAACGCGCGGCGCAGCAGGCCAAAUCGUUAGAGAUGGAUGUGCAUCGUGCGCCGGUUGUUCGACGGCAUGAAGACGAGCGAAGCAGACAAGUGCAGUUGCAGCUACAGGACCUCGAGCGAGACGGACUGCAUCAACACCUGGUUCCGAUCCCAGCGCAAGAUGACGCUCAUGUGAGUUGCCCGGUAUGUGGCCUGGAGUUUGUCAAUGCUUCAGGUCUUCAUCAACAUUUGCAUCAGAAACAUCCGGAGGUAGCCAAGGCGUCGAGUAUUGACUUUGUUCGGGAGCAGCAUUCGCUUUUUGGCCUACCAUAUUGUCGAUUCUGUCGUCACAGGAUGAAGUCGUGGCAAACUCUGACGAAGCAUGUGACGCAGGGGAUGUGUCUCCGGCUCAAAACAGCAAUCGGUCAAGGCCAGACGAUCCAAGAACUCCUGGCUCGAAUUGAGGCUUCGAGGCUCGGGAUCCACCUGUACCUCCUGACGAGGUUCGCAGCCUUCAACUCAGUGUCACUCGCCCGGAAUGCGGCGAUGCACGCCACGCAGUGCUCGGUUAUGUUUCAGGUUCUCUCGAUAAGACGGCUUCGGACUCAAAGUGUGGAUUGGACUCUCGUGCAAGGCUCCAAGCGAGCGGACGUCAAGGAGGCAGGCAAAAAGCCGGCUUACAAAUCCUUUCAAUCUCCAAUGGCAGCUGCGCUCAAACAGGGAGCGAAGUCGCUGGGAGCCACUUCUACUCUCGCAAUCAGCUCCUCGAGUACUACACAGGCGCCACCGAUCCCUGCGCACAAAAGCUCUGUUGAGCCGCUCUCUGCAAGCAGGACUCUGGUCCCCACGACCGGUGCCUCGAAGGGCACCAUUCAGGCGUACUUUCAGCGCCGCGGCACGGACAACCAAUGUGACUCAGAUCCCAUGCAGGCUCCUUUUACAUGCCAUUUGCGACUGGUCAAUCCUCAAGCACUAUGCUACGUCAAUGCCGGGAUCACGGCCAUCUUGCAUGCGUGCCAAGUGUCCCACACAGGUGUAGCUGAACUUGAGUUCCUAACCAAGGUCCUGGCACUUUCGACGCAAAGACGACAGGAGGUCCUACUCCCGCGCUUGUCUAGGUUUCGUGCACUGACACCGGACUGGGACUUCCACUCUGGUCAACAGGACACUGCGGAAUACAUGCACUACCUCUUUCAGGCAGUCACAACUCUGCAGAUCACGUGGGAUUCCAGGUGCACAGAAAAUGGGGAGCAUCGCAUUCGUGCUCAGGGCUCCAAUCCGAUCCCCAUGAACAUUUCCGACCUUCCAGAAGGCCGAUGUGCUCUUCAAGAGGUUGUAUGUGGCUGGCAUUGUGCAGACGGAGUCACAGCCAUGAACUAUGCGUACCCCAUUGUAUGCAUUCAAGUGAAUAGGUACAUCGAGGGAGGCAAGUGCCACAAGAUCAUUGACCUCCCAGCACAGGUGCUCCUUCCAGUCUUUGACGAUGUGUCUGCAGUCACAUGGCACAAAUAUGACAUCCGGAGUUCACUACGAGUGGUCAUUAUCGUGCUCUUCUCAAGGUCGGGAGCCUAUGGCGUAUCUCAGAUGACGGGUGUCCCAGUGUUGAGCUCACUUUGCAUGCUGGACAUGGGAAAAACAUUUAUGUGGUGGUGUGUGGACUUUGUUCUUCGGAACCACAUGCCGCGCCCGCUGCUCUUCGCUCUUAGACCGGGGCUCUUAGCACCUCCACGCCACCCCGUGUUGCCCAGUUCUUCCGCGGUUUCUUUGACUCCUACUGGCCAGCGGUCGCUGGCUCCAUUGCCAAUGGCUCAGGAUUGCCCUCCACUGGACCUCCAUCCGACUCGCUUGGAGACUUUGACACAGAAGACCGUGCCAGAAGCCAGAAGCAGAAGCGCACGGAAGCAGGCAAAGGCGGUAGAGGAAACUGGAGAGCUGGUGGCAGAGGCGGGCAAGGAGGGGGAUACGGCAGAGGUGCUGGAGUGGACUGAGGAAGAAUGGGACAAGUGGGCGAGCAAAUCGACCAAGGAAAUGAGCCUGGCCGAGGAGGUCAAGCAUCUUCGGCAGUGUCUGUUUGCGCUUCAGAGGAUGGUGCUUCGGGCGGAGGAUUUCAUGUCGUGCAUUCGUGCGGAGCUUUCAUGGGUAAUGUUCUUACGCCUGGAUAUGAAAGCUACGGUGGUCCCUGCUCUGUUCCAGCAGCAGAAAAAGUGGCGCGAGAUCAAGGCCCAGACUCCUGAAGCUUUGACGGGGCCAAUGCGCAUGUCGCUGGUGGUUCAGCUCUUCAAGGAACUUGGUGCCCGGCUUGCAAACUUUCAUGAGCAGGAGGAGUUGCUGCAGACAGUGCAGAAUCUCGGAUGGUACGACCACUCCAACCGAUCCUGGUUCUAUGUUAAAUGGGAUGCGGACAAUGAGCGCUUGACUCCGGACACCACAAAGGAGCCGAUUGGAUUUGAGAAGCUGUCAGCUGUGUUCGCAUCACUACAGCAGCUUGCCGCGAUUCCGAACACGGUGAUGAGGUUCCAUCCGUCCAGACCCAUGGAAGAGACCAUGGGCGGAAAGAACCUGACUUUCGUGCUGCAGCUCUGCAUCCUUGGAGAAUCCUCCAAACAAUUUCGAGAUCACUUGAGUCACUUGAGCCUCCUGAUGGGCCUUGCUGUCACUCAAUUGGUCGGUAUGGGACUCCGUCCUGAACGCGCUAACCGAUCCACCUUGGCCAACAUGAUUCAGAGCCAACUCCAGGAACUCACGGAUCGCGAGCUGUAA